AUGUCAACCACCGCUAUGGGUGACUCUGCCUUAACUGGCUUAGAGGCAGCAGGUGUGGAUGCUGUUAACCCUUUAGGGAGCUCCAAUGGCAGCUUGUCCACGAGCAGUGCCUGGGGCAUCAGUGGCAGCGGUCCGUGGCUGUUGGCGUGCUUGUUAACCCUCAUCAUCCUGAUGACGGCUUGUGGCAACACACUGCUGAUCGCUCUGGUGUUUGCCCAACGCUCCUUACGCAACACCUCCAACUGUUUCCUAGUGUCUCUCUUCCUGUCGGACCUGAUGGUGGCGCUGGUGGUGAUGCCGCCAGCCAUGCUCAACGUGCUGUGCGGGGCCUGGGUGUUGUCACCAGGCUUUUGCCCUGUGUGGCUCUGCUUCGAUGUCAUGUGCUGCAGUGCCUCCAUUCUCAACCUAUGUGUGAUCAGCCUGGACCGCUACCUCCUCAUCAUCUCGCCGCUGCGCUACAAGCAGAGGAUGACCCUUCCCCGGGCCCUGCUUCUGGUGGGAGGGACCUGGGGUCUGGCCGCCCUCGCCUCCUUCUUGCCCAUCAAGAUGAACUGGCACAGCUUGGGUCACCGGAGUGGGCAUUCCCCAAUGCAUGGGGCUGGCAGUGCCAACAUCAGCACAUACCCAGAGCUAAGUUUGCAGUACCCCGCCUCCUACUUCCAGCUGUCGCCCUCCGAUGGCCUGUCCUUCCAGUGUCGUCUCCGGGUCACCCUGCCCUUCGCCCUGGUGGCGUCCGUUCUAACCUUCUUCCUGCCAUCCAGCGCCAUCUGCUUCACCUACUGUCGAAUUCUCCUGGUGGCAAGGAGACAGGCGAGGCGGGUGGCGGCGCUAACUCACCCUCCGCACCCGCAACAUUUGCCCAGGGGCCCUUCUCAGCCUCCCUCACCAGGUGGGGGCGCCAUGGGACAUGCUCAGCAUGACAGAGAAGACUACAGUCAUCAGGAGCGCUCUAUGUCACGUCAUGUACCGGUGAGAGGGAGAGGGGAGUUGUAGAGGAAAUUAAGGGAGAUACAUUGAGACUACAUCCCAAUGCUGUGUAAACUGUCACUGCAUGAUCACUGUGUGCCUGGAUAGGUUUCCACCAUGAUGCCUUCUCUGCCUCUCAGAUUAGUUGGGUCGUUCCACGAAAAGAGUGCAUUUUGCGUCCCUUUGAUAUUUUAAUAGCAAUUGUGCACCAAUAUUGAAUUGUAAAAAAGCCUGUAUAUUAAAUGAAGUGCUCUUUCAAUGUAGACCACAUUGAGAAUUCAAUUAAUCUGAUAUUUUUAAUAUUCUACAUUUUGACGUCCCUCCAUGCACUCUCUAUGACUUCUGGAAGAUUUUAACCCACUUAACCCCAAAAUGUCUCCCAAGUUUUCACCAUCAUUGUAAAGCCAUAGUUAUUUUGUUGCUUUGACAAAGUCGUUCCUGAAGAUUAUUAUUUAUUCAUGUGAUUAGUGAUUCAUUUAAGUCUGUGCCUCAUUUUAAGGUCAACCCUGUUACGUUAACUGAACUCUCAUUUUAAUAAGGUGAAACUAUUGCUUUAAAAAAUAAAAUAAUAGUCAAAUCAUAGUGUGAGCUAAUUCUACAAUUUUGGGCCAUUUUCUGGUGUUUUCUGGUGGAAAACUGACCUGGUCGAGCAUAAAGCGUCAACCCUGUUACCCAUAGAUAGAGAAGCUAGAAAUGUUUUAACAAUAAAUAAAUAAAAUUAAAUGCCACUCCCUGCUUCACACAACAAGGGGAUUUAUGGUUGAUUUAAGAUGAAGUCGUCAACUCUUUCGAUCAACCCUGUUACUUUAUUUGGCACUUAAUAGGCACUUACUAUAGUAAACAUUUUGAUUGAACCACUUGAGAUGGGAAAACAUGUUUUUAAUGAAGUUGAACAUGUGCUCUUUAUGAUAGAAUGUUAAAAUGAGGUGAAAUUAAAUGGGGGGGUUUCAAAGUUACACUGCUUAAAAGGUACCAAAUUGGUGGAAUGACCCACUUGUCAUGAAGGAAAAGAAAUGUGGUGAUCUAGCUAAGAUAAUUAGGACAAGGCCAUUGAUUUGGGAGAUUAAUCAAGAAGGUGAGAUUAAAGAGCGACUGAACACGCCUAUUGGCACGUGUGUUUUUCUGUUGCUCAUUUGAAAAACUAGAUCUCCGUUUUUCAAGUGUUUCCUGACCAUUCCGCAUUUGGUUAUGAUGUUUGUCCCCCAUGGGACACUGUAGACGUGGAAGCGUAUUUAACUUCCUCAAAAUCCCCAGAAUUCAUAUAAAAUAACUCAAGAAAUCUGUAAUAAAUCUUGACGUUUUUGCAGAGGAUGUUUUAGUUGCGCAAUUUUACAUCUAAGGUGUUUGGUGCAGUAUUUCUGAAGUGAAAAAAUGUGCUACGUGUUGUCUUAUGCAAACAAAGUCGGAGCUGCUGGGGCAGGUCUGUCUCACUGUAUAUGCUAGUGGAUAGAGAGCAAUCACCGCAGCUGUUCACCCCAUGUUAGUGGGCAAAUGGACAUCGUCAAAUCAAAACCUAACCUUCAUUUACCCGUUGUAAUGCACGGAUGUUCCAGACUUCGUUUUAAACUACUUAAUUUAUGACCAAAAUGAUCCUAUUUACACUUGUAGUCAAUUUUGACACUAGAAUAACUGUUUGACUCAUAUAGGCCGUUUUCAAAGGGAUUCGUUGCUUUUUAAAGGAAGUCGCUCUUUAAAGGUGGAGUGGGUGGGUUACAGUGCCUUCAGAAAGUAUGCAUACCCUUUGACUUAUUCCACAUUUUAUUGUGUUACAGCCUGAAUUCAAAAUUGAUUACAUGUUUUCUUUCUCCCAUCUACACACAAUACCCCAUAAUGACUAAAUGAAGAAAUGUUUUAUAAUUUUUGAAAAUGAAAUACAUACAGUGCUGCUUGAAAGUAUGUGAACCCCUUGUGCAAUUACCGAUUUUUUUCAGUUUUUACCUUGAAAUCUUCAUUUAAUCAGAACCAGUCUUUUUGAUCUGACAUAACAGGUUUAUAUUUACCAAUACCAUAUGUUGGUGUAGAGGAAAUAAUGUGUGUAGUAGAAAAACAAAAUUAAAAAGGAAUUAGUGCAGGUGCAAAAAUAAGUGAACCCCAAAUUGCAUUGGUUAAAUCAAGUAGGUAAGUAGAAUCAGGUGGGUAAAUAAUUAGCUACCAAAUGAUCCAAUCAAAGGAGACAUCGUUAGGAAAGAGUUUGGGCGGGACUCUGAUAAAUAGAGAUAAGAAACCUGGUCAGUUUGGUGUUACCCAUCCAGGUGAAUGCAAAGCACAACAUGCCGAGAGGAAAGGAGAUCUCAGAGGACAUCAGGACGAGGAUUGUGAGAGCAUGUCAGUCUGGGGAAGGCUAUAAAAUAAUCUCAAAAAGAUUUGAGCUCCAUCAGUCCACUGUGAGGUAAAUCAUUUACAAAUGGAGAGCAUUUAACAUGACAGCAACUCGGCUUGAAGUGGACGCCCUUCAAAAAUAUCCCCAAGAACAAUAAUAAUUCAGAUAAAAGCCAACCCAAACAUAACAUCUAGAGAUUUGCAGACCUCCUUGCUGCAUCUCAGGUGACUGUGCAUGCUUCAACAAUAAGAACACUGAAUCAAAAUGCCAUUCAUGGGAGGGUUGCUAGGAAAAAGCCUCUGCUGUCAAAAAAUAACCAAACUGGCCGUCUUAACUUUGCCAGAGACCAUCUGGACAAACCUAAAGGUUUCUGGAAGUCCAUUCUCUGGACCUAUGAGUCCAAAAUUGACCUUUUUGGUCACAAUCAACACCGCUAUGUUUGGCCCAACACUGCCUACCACCAAAAUAACCUUAUCCCAACAGUCAAGCAUGGUGGUGGGAAUGUCAAGAUCUGGGGCUGCUUUUCCUCCUCUGGACCUGGACGAGUCCACAUCAUUAAGGGAACCAUGAAUUCUGAGGUAUACCAGGAGAUUCUUGAACAGAACGUCAGGCAAUCAGUCAAGGAGCUAAAGCUAGGCCGAAAAUGGGUCUUCCAACAAGACGACCCAAAGCAUUCAAGCAAAUCUACCAAAGAAUGGCUUAGGAGAAAGAAUAUUUGUGUUUUGGAUUGGCCAAGUCAAAGUCCUGACCUAAAUCCAAUCGAGAUGCUGUGGCAGGACCUGAAGCAGGCAGUUCAUGCCAGACACCCCUCAAACCUCACUCAAUUGGCUGUGUUCUGUAAGGAGGAGUGGGCAAAAAUCCCUCAAAACAGAUGUCAGAGACUGAUUACUGGCUAUAGGAGACAUUUAGUCCAAGUUAUUGCUGCUAAUGGAGGUGCCACAAGCCAUUGACUGAAGGGGUUCACAUUUUUGCACACAUCAAAUCUGAGUUUCUGUUAAAUAAACCACUUUUGUUAAAUAAAAAAUAAAAAUAUCAAAUCAUUUUAUUUGUCAUUUACUUGGAAUGUCUUUAUUACGAAUUGGGGUUUAGAUAAGGAUUUUAUGUUCAUUUUAAUAUUUUAUAGCAAAAUAAUGACCAGCCCUGUAGGGUUCACAUACUUUCAAGCAGCACUGUAUCUAUUCACACCCCUGAGUCAUUACUUUGUAGAAGACAGCUUUGAGUUGUCUUGGGAAUGUCUAUCAGCUUUGCACAUCUGGAUUUGGGGAUGUUCUACCAUUCUUCCUUUGCCGCAAUCUUCAAGUCUUUCCACAUAUUUUCAAUGGGAUUCAAUUCUGGGCUUUGGCUGGGCCACUCAAGGACUUUCACAUUCUUGUUCAGAAGCCAUUCCAGCAUUGCCUUGGCUGUAAGCUUGGGGUCAUUGUCCUGUUGGAAUGUAAAUCUUCGCCCCCAGUCUAAGGUAGUUUGCACUCUGAAGCAGGUUCUCAUCAAGGAUUUUCCUUUAUUUGGCUCCAUUCAUUUUCCUCUCUAUCCUUACCAGUGUCCCAGUCCCUGCUGCUGAAAAGCAUCCGCAUAGCAUGAUGCUGCCACCACCAUGCUUCACUGUAUGAAUGGUGUUAGACGGGUGAUGAGCUGUGCCUGGUUUUCUCCAGACAUACUGCUUUGCAUUCAGGCCAAAACGUAACAUUUUUGUCUCAUCAUACCAUAGAAUCUUUUGCCUUAGGCUCUGAGUCUUUCACGUGCCUUUUUGCAAACUCCAGGCGUGCUGUCAUGUGCCUUUUUCUCAGGAGUGGCUUCCGUCUGGCCACUCUCCCAUAAAGGCCAGAUUGGUGAAGUGUUUAGAGAUUGUUGUCCUUCUGGCAGGUUCUGGAUAGUCUGCGUAGUUCCAUAUUUUUUCAAUUUCCCAAUGAUGGAGAACACUGUGUUCUUAGAAACGUUCAACACUCUAGAAAUUGUUUUAUACCCUUCCCCAGAUAUAUGCCUCAUCACAAUUCUAUGUCAGAGAUCUACGGACAGUUCCUUGGACUUCAUGGUAUAGUUUCUGCUCUGACAUACACUGUCAACUGUGGGACCAUAUAUAGACAGGUGUGUUUCUUUCUAAAUCAUGUCCUAACAAUUGGCCACAGGUGGACUCCAAUCAAGUUGUACUGACAUCUCAAGGAUGAUGAAAGCAAAUUGGAUGCACCUGAGCACAGUUUGAAGUGUCAUAGCAAAGGGGUGUGAAUACAUACGUAAAUUAGAUUUCUGUAUUUCUUUUUCAAAUACAUUUGCAAAGAUUUCUAAAAAACAUGUUUUUACUUUGUCAUUAUGGGGUAUUGUGUGUACAUGGGUGAGAAAAAAAUACAUAUUUAAUCCAUUUUGAAUUCAGGCAUUCAGGGGUAUGAAUACUUUCUGAAAGCACUGUAGGUAAGCGAGUGUUUAUGUGUGUGAGAGUUGUCCUUGCCACUGCACUCGUUGAUCUCCACUCUAUUAAAGUGAGGUGGGCAGCUGAGGAAUUGACACACUGAAUACAAAAUUGUCUUUCAUCCACUAAAAUAAAUUAAACUGAAUAGUGAAAUAAGUGAAAGACCAUUUAAGUUGAAAGAUGGGAAAGAGCUUGAAAUUCAGAAAUGAAACAUGAUUAAAAAACAUCUGAAAGAGACAGAGGGAGGGACAAUGGCGCCUGUUGAAGGAGAAGUGGUAGUUAGAAUAAAUGGCACAGACCUUGCAUUGUAUUUAUGUAGUCAAGGGCCUGCGUCUACACUCCUGAGAUUGAGUGCCGAGGACAGUAAUUCUUAGCAAUGUUGUUCCACGCAGAGACUUUUCAAUGUAUUCAGCAACAUGUCACAUCUCUUUCAAUGUGAUGAUUACAUCUUGUGAAAUGCAAGCGUUAACUUUUUUCAGAGACUCUUCGACAAUAUCAGGCCAAGGAUGCAUCUAAAGUGUGUCUUCUUCUCUUGAAAGCAAUGUGGUGGAAGCUAUAGUUUAUUUUAUGUUGCCACUACAGUUAUAAAACCUAAGUAUUUACAUGGUAGCUCUUAAGGACAGUGUAAGUGCACAUUGUUACAUACAGUUCCUUGCAAAAGUAUUCAUGCCCUUUGGCGUUUUUCCUAUUUUGUUGCAUUACAACCUGUAAUUUAAAUUGAUUUUUAUUUGGAUUUCAUGUAAUGGACAUACACAAAAUAGUCCAAAUUGAUUUAGUGAAAUAAACAAAUAUUAAUAACGGAAAAGUGGUGCGUGCAUAUGUAUUCACCCCCUUUGCUAUGAAGCCCCUAAAAAAGAUCUGGUGCAACCAAUUACCUUCAGAAGUCACAUAAUUAGUUAAAUAAAGUCCAACUGUGUGCAAUCUAAGUGUCACAUGAUCUCAGUAUAUAUACACCUGUUCUGAAAGGCCCCAGAGUCUGCAACGCCACUAAGCAAGGGGCACAACCAAGCAAGCGGCACCAUAAAGACCAAGGAGCUCUCCAAACAGGUCAGGGACAAAGUUGUGGAAAAGUACAGAUCAGGGUUGGGUUAUAAAAAAAUAUCAGAAACUUUGAACAUCCCACGGAGCACCAUUAAAUCUAUUAUUAACAAAUGAAAAGAAUAUGGCACCACAACAAACCUGCCAAGAGAGGGCCGCCCACCAAAACUCACGGACCAGGCAAGGAGGGCAUUAAUCAGAGAGGCAACAAAGAUACCAAAGAUAACCCUGAAGGAGCUGCAAAGCUCCUCAGCUGAGAUUGGAGUAUCUGUCCAUAGGACCACUUUAAGCCGUACACUCCACAGAGCUGGGCUUUACGGAAAAGUGGCCAGAAAAAAGCCAUUGCUUAAAGAAAAAAAUCAGCAAACACGUUUGGUGUUCGCCAAAAGGCAUGUGGGAGACUCCCCAAACAUAUGGAAGAAGGUACUCUGGUCAGAUGAGACUAAAAUUGAGCUUUUUGGCCAUCAAGGAAAACGCUAUGUCUGGCGCAAACCCAACACCUCUCAUCACCCCGAGAACACCAUCCCCACAGUGAAGCAUGGUGGUGGCAGCAUCAUGCUGUGGGGAUGCUUUUCAUCGGCAGGGACUGGGAAACUGGUCAGAAUUGAAGGAAUGAUGGAUGGCGCUAAAUACAGGGAAAUUCUUGAGGAAAACCUGUUUCAGUCUUCCAGAGAUUUGAGACUGGGACGGAGGUUCACCUUCCAGCAGGUGGUAUGACUUAAAGAUUGCUGUACACCAGCGGAACCCAUCCAACUUGAAGGAGCUGGAGCAGUUUUGCCUUGAAGAAUGGGAAAAAAUCCCAGUGGAGACAUACCGCAAGAGACCUGCAGCUGUAAUUGUUGCAAAAGGUGGCUCUACAAAGUAUUGACUUUUGGGGUGCGGGGGGGUGAAUAGUUAUGCAUGCUCAAGUUUAGUUUGUUUCACAAAAAAAAAUAUUUUGCAUCUUCAAAGUGGUAGGCAUGUUGUGUAAAUCAAAUGAUACAAACCCCCCCAAAAAACAAUUUUAAUUCCAGGUUGUAAGGCAACAAAAUAGGAAAAAUGCCAAGGGGGGUGAAUACUUUCGCAAGCCACUGUAGUACUUAUAGCUAUUUAUACCUGUUUGCUGUUUCUACACAAUGAACUUUCUACGCAUUAGAUUUGUACUCACCCUGGAAUUGUUUUAAUUCCAUUGAGUUCAUUUGAAAAUCCUUGAAAAUGUUCAUGCCGCAAACGUGUGUAACAGUUUUAAGAAUCAUAUAACAAUGUGGACCUGUAGCUACCAUGUACAUUUAAAUACAUACCUAGGUUUUUGGACACAUUGUGACGCAGUCCUUGUCUCUGACUGCCCUGUCUGUCCCUCUGUCCUCAGUUGUCGGUGAACAGCGAGCGGCGGCUGGCCCACAGGCAGGGCCGGAGGGCAGUGAAGGCCAGUCUGACCCUGGGAGUUCUGCUGGGCCUCUUCUUCAGCGCCUGGCUGCCCUUCUUCAUCACCAACAUGGCCCAGGUCAGUGACUCAGACUAGGUCAGCCUCUGGAUUAAAGGGAUAGUUCAGUGAUUUAAGCAAUCUAUCCCUUUAAUGUCGAGCUUGGAAGAGUAUACACGUUCUCCUGAAAUUCUAGUGAAAUCUCAAUUUCCAAACUUGCACUUUACGUCCACAUUAAUAAAUGAAAUUGGCUUAUAAGAUGCGCAAUAAAUCUGGCCAUUAUUUUUUCUUUAUCAAUGAUGUUGUGCCUUGUUGCAGUGUUUGCAGUAAACUUUUUGAUUCAAAGGACUCCCUUAACAUCUUAAAUCGAGGGAUUUUCAGGAAAAACGAUGAGCCAAAACACUAUGGGAUCAGUUAGCUGCUCUGAGCUGAGACUAAUAGAAAUAUUUCAAUUGGUUGCUGCUCAUAUUCUCAGGAUCAAAACUUGCAAACCACAUGUUUGUCUAUCUAUUCUCAUUAUGUUCAUUGUGUACAGCCUAUUCAUUUACAUUAAUUCCCUGUAUUACAGAACCUGGACCAUAUCAAUUCAAUGUCUGAUGCAUCGUCUUAUAGCAAUUAAGCUCCCCUUUGUCUGUGCUUUAACUCUGAGGUUGCCUUAUUCCUCUGACUGGGAAAGGUGUCAGCUAAGUGUGUAAUAUAAAAGGAUUUAAUCUAAAUUGGUAAUUAUUGUUGUCCUGCUUUCAGGCUUUCAAUGAUCCAGUCAUUUCAUUUCCCAUCUGUGUCCCUUACUUCACUCCUCCAGAAUAUAGCAGAGAGAGGGCUCAGUGUGUCUGGCUUCCUCCCCCCUCCCUUCACACUCCAUGUGGUAUGUGAACACCCACUCACUCACCUCACUCCCUGCCUCCCUCCUUCAUCUUGAUAAUAUAGGACACUUUCCUCCAAUAGCAGUCUCCUCCCUCUCUCUCUGAUAUGCCAUAGUGAGCCAAUGUCCCUAAUUUACAUUGAUAUGUUCUACUCAGGCCCAAUUACAGUAGGUGAUGUACACUGAUGAAAAGAGCAUUUGAAAUAUUAUUUUCAGUUUUACCUUAUUGGCUACAUUUUCUGUUGGCUACAUACAGUGCCUAUCAUAAGUAUUCAAUGCCAAGUGUGCAAAGCUGUCAUCAAGGCAAAGGGUGGCUAUUGGAAGAAUCUCAAAUAUAAAAUAUAUUUUGAUUGGUUUAACACUUUUUGGGUUACUACAUGAUUCCAUGUGUUAUUUCAUAGUUUUGAUGUCUUCACUAUUAUUCUACAAUGUAGAAAAUAGUAAAAAUAAAGAAAAACCCUUGAAUGAGUAGGUGUUCUAAAACGUUUGAACGGUAGUGUAUAUACAUAUUGAAUAGAUAUGUCAAUACAGAAACACCUUUGGCAGUGAUUACAGCUGAGCCUUUUUUGGGUAAGUCUCUAAGCUUUGCACACCUGGAUCAAUAUUUGCCCAUUAUUCUUUUUUAAAUUCUUCAAGCUCUGUCAAGUUGGUAUUUAGUAUUUUAUUCAGAUCCCCAUUAGCUGUUGUAAAAGCAGCAGCUACUCUUUCUGAGGUCCACACAAAACAUGAAAUAAUACAGAACAUUAAUAGACAAGAACAGCUCAAGGACAUAACUGCUAAAUGGCUGUCUAGCAAUGAUCAACAACCAAAUUCUGGGGAAGUGCAAAUACAGUGCAUUCGGAAAGUAUUCAGACCCCUUCCCUUUUUCCACAUUUUGUUACGUUACCCCCUUAUUGUAAAAUUUAUUUUUAAAAACAUUUCCCUCAUCAAUCUACACACAAUACCCCAUAAUGUAUGUUUGCAAAUGUAUUAAAAAUGAAAACCAGAUACCUUAUUUACAUAAGUAUUCAGACCCUUUGCUAUGAGACUCGAAAUUGAGCUCAGUUGCAUCCUGUUUCCAUUGAUCAUCCUUGAGAUGUCUCUACAACUUGAUUGGAGUCCACCUGUGGUAAAGUCCAUUGAUUGGGCAUGAUUUGGAAAGGCACACACCUGUCUAUAUAAGGUCCCACAGUUGACAGUGCAUGUCAGAGCAAAAACCAAGGCAUGAGGUCGAAGGAAUUGUCCAUAAAGCUCCGAGACAGGAUUGUGUCAAGGCACAGAUCUGGGGAAGGGUACUAAAAAAAUUCUGCAGCAUUGAAGGUCCCCAAGAACAGUGGCCAUCAUUCUUCAAUGGAAGAAGUUUGGAACCACCAAGACUCUUCCUAGUGUUGGCCGCCCGGCCAAACUGAGCAAUCGGGGGAGAAGGGCCUUGGUCAGGGAGGUGACCAAGAACCCGAUUGUCACUCUGACAGAGCUCCAUAGUUCCUAUGUGGAGAUGGGAGAAUCUUCCAGGAAUCAAAUCAAAUCAAAUUGUUUGUCACAUGCGCCGAAUACAACAGGUGUAGAGCUUACUGUGAAAUGCUUACUUACAAGCCCUUAACCAACAAUGCAGUUCAAGAAAAAUAUUUACUAAAUAAACUAAAGUAAACAUUGUAUAAAAAGGACAACCAUCUCUGCAGCACUUCACCAAUCAGGCCUUUAUGGUAGAGUGGCCAGAUGGAAACCACUCCUCAGUAAAAGUACAGCCCACUUGGAGUUUUCCAAAAGGCACCUACUAAAGGACUCUCAGACCAUGAGAAACAAGAUUCUCUGGUCUGAUGAAACCAAGAUUGAACUCUUUGACCUGAAUGCCAAGCGUCAAGUCUGGAGGAAACCUGGCACCAUCCCUACGGUGAAGCAUGGUGGUGGCAGCAUCAUGCUGUGUGGUUGUUUAUCAGCAGCAGGGACUGAGAGACUAGUCAGGAUCAAGGAAAUGAUGAAUGGAGCAAAGUACAGAGAGGUCCUUGAUGAAAACCUGCUCCAGAGUGCUCAGGACCUCAGACUGGGGCGAAGGUUAAUCUUCCAACAGGACAACGACCCUAAGCACACAGCCAAGACAACGCAGGAGUGGCUUCGGGUCAAGUCUCUGAAUGUCCUUGAGUGGCCCAGCCAGAGCCCGGACUUGAACCCGAUCAAACAUCUCUGGAGACCUCAAAAUAGCUGUGCAGCGACGCUCCCCAUACAACCUGACAGAGCUUGAGUGGAUCUGCAGAGGAGAAUGGGAGAAACUCCCCAAAUACAGGUGUGCCAAACUUGUAGCGUCCUACCCAAGAAGACUCAAGGCUGUAAUCGCUGCCAAAGGUGCUUCAACAAAGUACUUAUGUAAAUGUGAUAUCUGUUUUUUUUAUUCAUUUGCAAAAAUGUCGAAAAACCUGUUUUUGUUUGAUCAUUAUGAGGUAUUGUGUAUUGUGUGUAGAUUGAUGAAAACAUUUUAUUUUAGAAUAAGGCUGUAACGGUCUGAAUACUUUCCGAAUGCACUGUAUAUCAGGCUUGCCAUAACAAAGUGUGUGAAUACUUAUGCAACCAAGACCUUUUAGUUAUACAUGUUUUAUUAAUUUGUAAAGUCAUCGGUGACAAAAACAAAAUCACAAUUAAGUCAAUUUCGAUCCCACUUUGUAAUGCAACAAAAUGUGAAAAGAAAUCCAAGGGGGGUGAAUACUUACGAUAGGCACUGUAUUUCCGACAAGCUACAUAUUUCUGAUAAGAAUACUUUUCAUUUGAAUGUUUGUUUCACAAAAUCUUAAUGUUGUGUACAUACUGAACACAACCCCAGUGCCUGUCUGUUGCCCUCUCUCUCACCUGUCAGGCGGUAUGCGAGUGUGUUCCCCUGGCACUCUUCGAGGCCAUCACCUGGCUGGGCUACUGUAACAGCACCAUGAACCCCAUUAUCUACCCGCUGUUCAUGCGCGACUUCAAACGGGCCCUGGGGCGGCUGCUGCCCUGCUGCUCCACCCGCUCGCCCCGCAGACCCUCGCCAGAGCUCUCCCUCUGCAACUCUGGUGAGCCCAACCUGCCCACAGAGCCCCCCUCCCUGGCCUCCGACCCCCCACAGCCCCCCGCCACCGCCACAGACGCCGUCAACUUGUUUGACGCAGAGCAUGCUGGGAUUGAGCUGCCCCUGCUGCUGCCCAAUCAGGUGGACACGCUAGACUGA